ACUUCCGGUUUCGCCUUAGAGCUGGUUUAUUUUGAAAAGGAGCGGAAUUUAAUAUUCAUUCAUAAUGUUUUUCCUGCUAUCUCGAAGAACUGCUUAAAACUUGCUCUCACACGAAAGAAAGUUAUUUCAAAUAUGAGUGUUUCCAAAAGAAAUCAGUCUUUGAAAGAAGACAUGAAAAAUGGCAGCGCAGUUCAUUCUUCGGGCAAGGAAGUGAAUAAUAAUCUCUUAGAUCAAAAGUCGUCGUUCCGUGUUAUGCUAGUUGUUUUUAUUGGCUUGUUAAUGGACUUGAUGGCGUUUGCUGUUAUAUUACCCUUGUUGCCGUCGUUGUUGGAUCAUUACAGCAAAGAUAAAGAGGAUGGCUUGUACAAAUUCUUUCUAACAAAUGUAAAUAGAUUUAGAGAUUUUCUUAAUAUACCCAACACAGAGAGAUACAAUUUUGUUUUAUUUGGAGGUUUUGUUGGCUCCUUAUUUUCGUUCCUGCAGUUUUUAGCCAGUCCUGUUCUAGGGGCAUUAUCAGAUGUCUAUGGAAGGAAGUCAAUUCUUCUUUUUUCAAUGGUGGGUGUUGGCAUUUCUUAUGGUAUCUGGGCAUACUCAAGAAACUUCACAAUAUUUGUCUUGGCAAGAAUAAUUGGAGGUCUUUGUAAGGGAAAUGUAACAAUUAGUACAGCGAUUGUGACUGAUGUGACAAGCAUGAGAAAUCGAGGGAAAGGAAUGGCACUCAUAGGCGUUGCAUACUCAGUUGGUUUCAUCGUUGGUCCAGUCAUUGGAGCAAUAUUUUCCAAGCAAUCUGAGUCAUCCAGUGGAACUCUAUACGUACUGCCAGCAAUCUUCACCUUGACGGUUGUCUCUGCCGAUAUCUUAUUUCUGACAUGUUUUCUGAAAGAGACAUUGCCGAAAGAUAAAAGGGCAAACUCGUUGACGUCGGAAAUGAAAAGUGCACUUCAGUUAAUAAAUCCAGUUUCCUUAUUUAAAUUCGAUGCUGUCAAUCUUCCAGCAGAAACAGAUUUGAAUGAAGUAAAGAGAGUCGGUUUAGUCUAUUUUCUUUAUCUGUUUUUCUUUUCUGGCUUGGAAUUUACACUGACAUUUCUCACACACAGUGUCUUCCAGUACAGCAGCAUGCAGCAAGGCAAAAUGUUCUUUGCUAUGGGAAUUAUCAUGGCUUUGGUACAAGGUGGAUAUGUAAGAAGAAUAGCGCCGGGGGGUGAAAAGAAAUUAGCUUCUCGAGGAAUUAUCGCUCUGAUACCAGCAAUGGUAUUUCUGGGUACAGCUGGUUCAAUGAAACUGUUCUAUUGUGGCAUCGUCCUUUUUGCUUUUGGCGCUGCGACUGUGGUUUCCGCAUUGACAACAAUAGUAUCAAAAUAUGGAGACACGACACAGAAGGGCAAGAUUAUGGGCAUUUUUCGCUCGCUUGGCGCGCUAGCCCGUGCUACAGGACCAUUUUUUUCUUGUGCCAUUUACUGGAGCAUUGGUCCUAUGUUUUGCUAUGGAAUUGGCGCAAGCUUCUUUGUGAUUCCAUUGUACUUGCUAAAGAAAUGCAAUCUUUCUCAAAAACAUGCGUGAAUAUCUGGGAAAUUUCUUGGCCAGAAGAAUGGCCUGAAAAACAAACAUUUCUUGGAAACAGGUCACGAAGACACUUACGUAGUGCUUGAAGAUGAGGAAUAGAGAAUUCUCUUUCAAUACCGAAUAUAUUAUCUAUUUUAGAAUAAUGCAUGUAUAUUUUUAUAUCACCACACAUACACACCACAGGAUAGUUGAGACAAUUAAAACAACUUUCACUUUUAAGACGUGCGUUA